AGUUGGAUUAUUUAAAGAAGGGGAGCAGUGGUACAAGCUGAGGGUGGUGUUGAACAGACGGAUGCUUCAUCCAAAAGACUCUGCUCAGUACUCCGGGGUCAUCACCGAUGUGGUUACAGACUUUACCAAAAAGAUCAAAAACGUGCGCCACAGCAGCCCCACAGGGGAUCUUGUUCCGGACAUUGCCAACGAGCUGUAUCUGUUUUCACUAGAGGGUAUCUCCUCCAUAUUAUUUGAGACGAGGCUCGGCUGUUUGGAGAAGGAAAUCCCUGCCGGCACACGAGAGUUCAUCCAGUCCAUCGCACAGAUGUUCUCCAACAGUAUGGCCGUGGUGCUGACGCCAAAGUGGAGCCGCCGUCUGCUUCCUUACUGGGGGCGUUACAUAGCCGGCUGGGAGGGCAUCUUCACUUUUGCUAAAGUGUUGAUUGACAAGAAGAUGAAGGACAUUCAGCAGCAAGUGGACAAAAAUGAGGACGUGAAGGGGGAGUAUCUGACGUACAUCCUCUCAAACACGGAGAUGAGCCUUAAAGACGUUUACGCCAGCAUCACUGAGCUGCUCCUGGCUGGAGUGGACACGACCUCCAACACACUCACAUGGGCCUUGUACGAGCUGUCCAUGAACCCCCAAGUCCAGGACAAACUGUAUGAAGAAGUGUCCUCGAUGGUACCUGCAGACCAGACCCCCACUGCUGCUCAGGUCACCCACAUGCCGUAUUUACGAGCUGUCAUCAAGGAAGCUCUCAGGAUGUACCCCGUUGUUCCUAUAAAUGCAAGGAUCAUAAAAGAACAACCGGUAACUGUUGGUGGAUAUAAGUUCCCAAAGAACACUACUUUCAACUUCUGUCACUACGCCAUGAGCCAUGAUGAGAACACCUUCCCACAGUCAAACACGUUUCAGCCCGAGAGGUGGCUCCGCGACGGCCGCCAGAGGCCCAACCCGUUUGGCUCCAUCCCCUUCGGCUUCGGGGUGAGAGGCUGCGUCGGGCGCAGGAUCGCUGAGCUGGAGAUGUAUUUGCUUCUGUUUCACCUGAUCCGUCAAUUUGAAGUGAAACCAGACCCCAAAACUGGGAAGCUAAAAAGCGUCUAUCGGACCGUUCUGGUUCCAGACAAACAACUGGACCUGCACUUUGUGGACAGAAAAUGAAGAAAAUCAGCGUCACUCAUUUUUUACACACCAGAAUGACUGAAAAGGUUGUGUAUAAAAGCUGAUUAUGUGAUAUUAUCGUUUGUUGCAGGGGAUAAUGCUCUAUUUCAUCCCUACUGACCGCCAGAGGCGGUGCUUAAAGCACUGAAUGAUCACUCUUGCGCAUGCUCAGGUCGAGAAUCUUAUACCAACAUGGUCACGUGUGACACC